UUUGUGAUGACAGUUUAUCUCUCAACCAUCUUCUAGGCUUUGAAAUCGACAGAGCAAGUAAGAAUAAAAGAUGGUGGCUUUUUCAGAUCACUUCAAACAGUGUGGUUGCGUGUAACCAUCAUGGACUACCGAACAGAGUGAAAUUGAUCUCAUCAGCCCGAAUCUCAGCAAGGUGCCGCACUGAGCCGUAAGUAACUUCUGCCUCUCCUUCAGCUGCUGAGGUCAGGGCAGGAUGGACCCCGUAGUGCUGAGCUACAUGGACAGCCUGCUGCGGCAGUCAGACGUGUCACUGCUGGACCCCCCAAGCUGGCUCAACGACCACGUUAUUGGAUUCGCCUUCGAGUACUUUGCCAACUGUCAGUUCCGUGACUGCUCCGACCACGUCUCCUUCAUCAGCCCUGAAGUCACCCAGUUCAUCAAGUGCACCAGCGACCCAGCCGAGGUCGCCUUGUUCCUGGAACCCCUGGGCCUCCCCAACAAAAGGGUUGUGUUCUUAGCCAUCAACGAUAACUCCAACCAGGCAGCGGGGGGAACCCACUGGAGCUUGUUGGUUUAUCUCCAAGAUAAAAAUAGCUUUCUGCAUUAUGAUUCCCACAGCAGGAGCAACUCAGUCCACGCAAAGCAGGUGGCGGAGAAACUGCAGGCUUUCUUAGGCAGACACGGAGACAGCCCGGCCUUUGUGGAGGAGAAAGCCCCCGCCCAGCAGAACAGCUACGACUGUGGGAUGUAUGUGAUAUGUAAUGCUGAGGCCUUGUGCCACGGCUUCUUUGGCCAGCAGCCAGAGCCUCUGCUGCAGCUGCUCACCCCCACAUACAUCACAAAGAAGAGGGCGGAAUGGAAAGAGCUCAUCGCCAGACUUGCUAAAAAUUAGCUCAUGACGAGUAUCUGUGACAGGAGCCUCCUCCUCCUGCCUCCCCCGUGUGUCAGACGGCUGCAGUCUCCAUGCCUGAGGGAGGAGGCCCGGCGGGGGCACCGUGACCUCUUCCUGCCGGAGAGUGGGCAUCCCCCGCUUAUCUGAUGGAGGUUUUACUUAAACCUGACUUGAGAGCAGUAUGUGCUGUGAGUUAUGCACCAGAACCUUAACACCAGCUUAUCUUAGCAUUUAUUACACACAAAGUGCAAGGAAAACUUUUCUUACUGGUAUAAAAUUAAUCCCUGAGGUCUCCCUUACCUACAUGGGCUUAUCCAAAAAAAAGGCAGUGAUCUGUAAAACAAAUCAGGAAUACAUGAAGUCUGGAGGAGUGAGAGAAGAAAGCCAUUUGGAAGAGCCAAAAAGCUGUUGCACCACAGCCUGCGUAAUUUACAAACUCCACUGGCCAGAAGCAGAUCACAGCCUGACCUCCGACCUCUGACCUCACCCCAGACCAGAUAUUACAAGAGUCAGUGAUCAGGUCUGUGAUCUCUUCCAUUCACCGCGCAAAGGCUUUCCCUUUGCAAAUAUUUGAUAAAAACGGUGUUGGCCCAUCUCCCUCUGUCUGGUUCCUGGAAUGCUUUAAGGACACACGGGAGGUCUUGAAUAACUGCAUACAAUGAAUGGCUGUGGUGGCCUCUCAGUGUGCUCAGCGCCUGGCCGACCGGCCCCCCCUCGUUGCUGGCCCCAGCCCUGGCUGUGGGCCACGCACGCUCCCUCCUGACGUCGAGUCCUCUGGCUCUAAAAUUCAUAGCUGGUAACUUCCCAGGUGUGCCUGUCGUUUCAAACACUCGCUGGUAGUUACAGUUUUUCCUCUCAAUCCUUAACCUGGCACAGCUGUUCUCGGUUCAGUCACGGUGGUUUCAGGACUAUUAGUGCAUCUGAAACUCGGACAUGAUUUGUUUUUGAAAUACAAAAGAAGAAAAGGGACCUUUCUCAACCCUUUCACUUAA